AGAGGAGGGCUUUUCAAGGUUCAUGAUAUUGACUGAGAAUUAAGUUGUACUUUUCUAAGGUUUGACUCUCUCUGUCUCUCUCGACUCUCGCUCGCUCUCUCUCGCUUUUACUUUUUGUUUGGCAGUUCGUUCACAAGUGGCUGAAACAUCAUCCUUCAUCCAUCACCUGGGUGAAAACAGCAGUGUGUCGUUGGAAGUUACAGACAAAACCCCAUACACCGGACGGGAACGCACGCCGAUCCGCGUGCUCACAGAAACUCCCACAUGGCUUUAUUUCAUCGUUCAGGCCAUCGACCAAAUUCCUCGGCGAAUGACUCUCUCUCUCUCUUUCUCUAACCUCGUCUGGGCUUUCGAAACUGGAAUCUGCCGAAGCUCUCUCUCACUAAUUUGCUUCAGCUUCUCCAAUCAGUCGUUAUAUAAGUUGGUUCAAUGCCGUCCGUCACAUCGCCUCAGUUGCAUGAGAAGGCUAGCGGUUUCUUCUCUUCUUCGGCAGGUGUAAAGUUCAAAGAAGCCCGGCAAUCAGCCGGGACAUUUGUGGGGGAGGUUACAAAGGAUGCAAAAGAUAACUUAACUGAUGUGGCAGAACGUGUUGGCUUGGUGGUGAAAAGUCGAUGGGCACUUCUACAGAAGCCAUCGACAAGGCAUGCUGUUCAAGAGCGUCUUAUAUGUGCAGCUGCUUCCACUGGUACAUUGCUUAGGAAGGGUGUCACGGAGACAAAGGGCAAAGUCGUCGUUGGGAAGACAAAAGUUGAAGAGGUUGCAAAGAAGACCGCACAAAGAAGUAAGACUCUCUUGACUGACAUCGAACGAUGGCAGAAGGGAGUUGCAAGCACUGAUGUAUUUGGCAUUCCAAUUGAGGUCACGGUGCAGCGGCAACAAUCCAGCAGGCCCAUUCCCUGUGUUUUGGUCAAAUGUGCCGAUUAUCUUAUAUUAUCUGGACUAAAUUCACCCGACCUUUUUAAGUCUGAGGGCGAUAAAGAGGUCAUUCAACACUUGGUUUCGGUAUACAAUCAAGAUUCUAAUUCGCUGUUACCAGAGGGAGUAAAUCCAGUUGACGUAGCAGCUCUAGCAAAAUGCUACCUAGCCAGCCUCCCUGAGCCACUAACUACAUCUGAGCUGUAUAACGAAAUUAGGGGUGCUCAUUCUAGUAUACAUGCAAUGAGAAACAUACUUAAGAGGCUUCCUAGUGUAAACUACACGACCCUGGAAUUUAUCACUGCUCUGUUACUCCGGGUUAGCCAGAAGUCAUUUCUUAACAAGAUGGAUGCCCGAAGCCUUGCCAUGGAAAUGGCCCCUGUCAUUAUUUGGCAGAAGGGAGGGAAACCAGAGUUCUAUAGGAAAUAUUGGAGUCAACCGUCCAAAGGUUCUUCCAAGAACAUGGAUCCCCCACCCAGUUACAGUGCAUGGGACAUGCUUGCUGAGGAGGGUGAAGCAAUCGAUGCAUCCUCUCCCAUUCCUUUGGCUGAUGGCAUGACAACUGACUUUGGUGCUAUUGAGGUGGUUGUGUGUCUUAUAGAACAUCACAAUGCAAUUUUCACGGAUGCUAAUGAGACUGUCUGGAGAUGACUUCAAAUGGCUUGUGCCAUCAUACAUCAUGGGUUUGUUUGAGUAAGGUUGAAUUCCUAAUCUCGAGGAAUGGAAGUGCAUGGUGCAUAACUUCGGAAGAUUGGUCAGUUCAAUUCUUCACCAAUUCAGGGUUUAUAGCUGUGAAGUCCAUGUGGUGUGAAUGCAGUUGGAGUAAUGGUUUGCUGGUUUUGUAAAAGCGUUACAUUAGACAGUAGCUGCAUGUGAUAAAGGCUGUGUUUGGUCUCCAGUAACUUGAGUUCAUUUGGGAAUAAGAUUUAGUGGUAGAGAUAAUAUGUCAUGUUUCAUCUCUCCUUUGUCUCUCUGUAAAAUUUAGAGUGAGAAAAUACAGCCUUUGGAGGAUUAAUCUU